AUGGAAAGCAAACCAGAGCGCAAGCUUCGAUCUAAAUCUCCAGCCAAUGCUGACAGGGAUGGGCUCUUCAAUUUUGACGGGGCAGAAGAUGAAAUUUCGCAAGACAGGAAACUAACUAUCUUGCCGCGAGUAAGCAUUGCCUUUACCGAUCUAGCUAACAAGGAGGAGCUUGAUGAAUUGAAGCUUAAGAGGCAAGAGUUGCAAUGUAUGAAGCUAGUUGUAGAACCUCGUCACUUGGAGGUAGUAGAGGGCAGCCAAGUGCAAGAUCCACUGUCAGACGAGUUGUAUGCUGCUUACCAUCGGAAAAUGCAGAAACAGGAGAUACGGAUGGUGAAUCACGACAAGAUGCAAUCUGAAACAGAGGCGGAGCGCCUGGAAUGUAUACUGGAAGAUCUGGACUCAGAAAACUGGUUCAGGACACUUUUGAAAAAUACUGUUAUUCAAGAUCCUGAGGACUUAGAGGAGGUAGAACGGAAGCGGGAUCUCACGCGAACGCUUAUUACUCAAAUGCUCUCAAAAUUUGCUGAUAUGAAAAGCCGUGCCGUGUACUUAGCGCGUAGCAGUAAACACAACGGUUCUCAGGGUAGGCAGACUCGCGUUAACAACUAUAGACAACUAGUAUUUGGACAAGGCGAUGUUGAGCCUUCGUCGGAUGAGGACGACGACUCGAUGUCUAUUUCGGAGAUCAGAGCUCGCAGAAAAUGCAUCAAAGAGCGUAAAUAUGGCGGGACAAUUGUGAUUCAACUACGCAAAAGUCUCUCUGUCAAUUAUAGAUACGCGCUUGUAGCGGAACCAUUGCGAUCAGCGUAUAUCGUCAAGUGCUCAAAAGAAGAAAAAGAAGAAUGGUCUCGCAAGGCAGAACUGCUUCCACCAAAAAUUCAGUUUUACGAUCAGUUUCCUAAACAAAGCUAUUGCACCCGACAUUCUCAGCCGCCGAGCUUUUCGGAACUCUCACCGAAUGGGAGCGAAAUUAAGAAUUCCAAAAAAAGGGAAAAUAGCAGCUUGUACACCCGCGUUAUAUCUUCCCCUCCGACUAAAAAAAGAAGGCCCGAAUUAAACGCUCUCUACAGCAAAACAAGACACCAUAGCUUCAUUCAGAGUUGA